AUGAAGUUCCUUUGUGUUUUCUUAUUGUCUCUGGUUCUCUGUGUUGUAUCUUCUACUCUUAUAGCACAACUAGGUCCUCUUUUUUAUAAACAUACUUGUCUUCCCCUUCAUUCAACUGUUCAUCAAGUUCUUCACCAUAUUUCCAAAGGGCCUGCAAAAGAUAAGCGGUUGUUUGCGAGUUUGAUCAGACUUCACUUCCAUGAUUGUUUUGUACAAGUAAAUGGAUGUGAUGCUUCAAUUCUAUUGAAUGAUACAGCUGCCAUAAAGUGUGAACAACUUGCACCUCCAACUAUCAACUCCAUCCGAAGAUUGGAUGUUGUGAAUUUGAUUAAGAAAAAGAUUGAGAAAAUUUGUCCUGGUGUUGUUUCCUGUGUUGACAUUCUUGCACUUGCAACCGAAAUGUCUUCUGAGAUGUCAAAAGGUCCAAAUUGGCAAGUUCCAUUAGGAAGAAAGGAUAGUAUAACAACAAACUUUGACCUAGCAACUUCGAAUAUUCUAGGUCCAACCUCCAACCUCCCUCAACUGAUUUCCAAAUUUGAGAAGAAGGGACUCGAUGUUAAUGAUUUAGUGGCACUCUCAGGUGCUCAUAUAAUCGACCAAGGACGAUGUGUACUUUUUCGCCUUCCAAAUUACACAAAUGAUGGGUCACCUAGGAAAAAUAUCACAAACUUGGACUCGAUAACCCCUAUUGCAUUUGAUAAUAAUUAUUAA